AUGGUCUGGGAGAACGGCUGUGUCGUUAUUGUCAUGCUGACACCGCUCGCGGAAAACGGAGUCAAACAGUGCUACCACUAUUGGCCAGACGAAGGGUCAAACCUCUACCACAUCUAUGAGGUAAACCUUGUCUCUGAGCACAUCUGGUGCGAGGAUUUCCUCGUGAGGAGCUUCUACCUGAAGAACCUGCAGACGAACGAGACCCGCACAGUGACACAGUUCCACUUCCUCAGCUGGAACGAUCAGAGGGUUCCUGCUUCCACGAGAUCACUUCUGGAUUUCCGCAGAAAAGUAAACAAGUGCUACAGGGGUCGCUCUUGUCCAGUAGUUGUUCAUUGCAGCGAUGGUGCGGGAAGAAGUGGAACCUACAUUCUAAUUGACAUGGUUCUCAAUAAAAUGGCCAAAG